AUGUCAAUGAAAGGAUUAUCAACGGAGCUGGACGAGAACAUCCUUUGGCGGUUGGUAGAGAGGAAAGAUCUCAAUGCGAUGUCGAAAGUCUCUAAGUAUUACCGCGAGAUAGCGGAGCCCUUCCUCUACAAGGACCUUGUCUUCGAUGAAGAUCAGUACUUUCGGAUUACUGUCCUUUUUCUCACUAUCGUUCACCGACCGGAUCUAGCAAAGUACAUCAAACGCGUUACACUGUACCAAGAGUGGAACGCACGUCCAAUCGGGCUCGGCAACGAUACAUACUACCGGGAGUUCUUCAAUAACAUCACCACUGUAAGAGACAUGGUCGAUGAUAUCGGCAAGGACCUGGACUGGGAGGUCAUCACUCGCUGGUUCGGUAGCAUCUAUGACGGAGGAGAAACAUGCGACGGCGCAUUGGCUCUCAUCCUUUGUCUCGCCCCAGAUCUCGAGCACCUAGAUCUCGGAUGCAGGACUAACACACUAUUGAUCACAACGAAGCUCCUGGAACAUGAAUGGAGACCUCGUCGUAAGAGCCCAGAAAUCAAACCUUUCGGCAAGUUGAAGAGUCUUUGUAUAGGCGGAGGUGCAUGCAGAGCGGCACCUGUGUUCCCUUGGAUGCAAUCUUUGAGCAUAAAGUACAGAUACAGAUCUCACCUGCCUGGAAUCAUGUACUUUCCCUAUCGGAGCCCCGAUACGAAUCUACGAAUCCUGGAGAUGAAGAACGUCGACGCUAGUCCAACUGACUUUGAGAAGCUUCUUUCGUAUGCGGAAGUCGGCAACCUCAAAGAACUGAAGGUCCGCGGACUGUACAUUAGCUACGAGAGUGAGUGGAAAGACUACGAUCUUCGACUGAUAACCCAGAUAAUCGAAGCACAUUUACCUGGCCUGGAGAUUCUGCAUUGGUUCGAGAACGACUGGGAUCGAGACGCCCAGUUUUCCCCGAGAACCUUCGGCAGCUUCAAGGGCCUGUCCAAUCUAUCAGAACUGAAGGUAGACGCUCACCUCCUAGCAACUCAUGAUCUUGUCUACAAUCGACGUGCGGAAACGUUGGCCCUUACACGCCCUGAAGAGUACCUACCCGACAGUCUCAAAGCUCUACACGUUGUAUCUUUGAGUGCAGAAGACGAACGAAUCGACUCGAUUCUGGAAGUAGCCCGUACUUUUAACCUUGAAACAGUUGAGCUGUCGCUCAGCUUGGAAGACUGGGACUCUGGCUGGGGCUAUCGUCUGGCAGGAGUCCAGGAGCUACGCAAGAGCCGAAGGAAGUUUUUCCGCGAAUCUGUGGCAAGUAUGGCUGCAUUAGACACAACGAUGCGCGUCUGGCGACAGGAGGGCAGAUACAAAAAAGAGCGACUAUUUGCUUCAGGAUACCAAAGGCCGUGGCCCAUAUGGAUCGACGUUGACAGCCACCACUGGUCUAGACAUGUUCGCGAUGCAUGGGAAGCUAUGAAAGGAAUCCAGAAUCCCCGUUCAGACGACGCUCUUGGUUACAGACAUUAUGAGCAGGGCCGAGUAGAUCAGGGUGAUAGCAGCGAAGAGGGUGAUAGCGAUGUCGACGAGGACGGGAAGAUUACAGGCCAGGGUGAGAACAAGAAGAAGAGCGAUGGCGAAAAGCAGGGCGACAAUGGGGUUGGAGAUAUGGUAGCAGAAAAGGGCAGUGACGGAGAUGAGGGACGCUCCGAGUCUGGCGCGGCUAGGAAAUGA